AUGCCAGCAAAACGCAAAGAUACCUCUGCGCCAGCAGCUGGACCGCGGUCCAAGCUAGCUAAAGAACACAAUAUUACCGCUGCGGAAGAAACAGAGAUCAAAGAGGCAUUUUCAUUAUUCUCGCAAAAGAUGGAGGGCGAGAAGGAGGGCGUUAUUGCUAUGGGUGAUGUGAGGAGGGCGUUGAUCGCCCUAGGACUAACACCCACCCCCUCCGAACUCCGCGAAUACCACAGCAUCCUCGACCCGGAAGACGAAGGCUUUACAGUCUAUCGGCAUUUCGUUGCUAUCUGCGCUAUUAAAUUUCAUUCCCGGACUCGAACAUCGGACUCACAUAAGAAAGAUGUAGAUGAUGCGUUCCGACUGUUUUCAAAUGCUGGACAGAAGAAGGGCAGUGGAGGGGGAGAUGACAUGGGAAGAAUUACAUUGGCGACGUUGAAGAGGGUUGCGAGGGUGUUGAAAGAGGACGUGGAUGACGAGUUGCUGGUUAGUAUGUUGUUGGAGGCGAAUGGCGGACAGGGAGUUGGGAAGGGUGUGGAAAGAGAUGAGUUUGAAGAUGUCAUGAGGAGGGCGGGGAUGUGGAGAUGA